AAUGACCUUACAGUAACCUUCGGAACUUAAAAACAUGGAGCCACACAGAAUCUCACCAGGGGAUGAAGAGCAGUCUUCCACAGACAUAGAUGACCUUCACUAUUCACUGCAAGUGGAGCAGGAGAACACUCAAAAAAGAACCUUCACAAGUUGGGUCAAUUCACAGCUAGAAAAGCAUUCACCGCCUUCCUUUGUCUUGGACUUGUAUGCAGACGUCGGGAAGGGACAUGUGCUUUUGGAUCUCCUGGAAGUCCUUUCAGGACAACAGCUGCCACGCGAAAAGGGAUCAAAUACUUUCCAGUGCAGAAGCAACAUUGGAAAUGCUUUGGCUUUCCUGAAGAACAGAUCGAUCAAGCUAAUCAAUAUCCAUGUUGCUGAUAUCAUUGAAGGAAAACCUUCCAUUGUGCUUGGCCUCAUUUGGACAAUCAUACAGCAUCUUCAUAUUGAGGAACUGGCACGGACUCUGGCUGGUGAGUGCAGUAAUCCAUCUUUGGACAGUCCAGAUAUCGGGGACACCUCGCCGACAGCAAGCCCCCCAGCUAAAAGAAAUGCUGCAGCCAAGGAACGCUGGAAGAUGUCAGCUAAGAAAGCACUGCUCUUGUGGGCAAAGGAGCAGUGCGGCAGGCACGGAUCCAUCGUCGUGGCGGAUUUCAAGUCCAGCUGGCGAAAUGGCCUGGCUUUCUUAGCAGUUGUCCAUGCGUUACGGCCGGACUUGGUGAAUAUGGAGAAAGCGAAAGGAAGGUCCAACAGAGAGAACCUGGAAGAGGCCUUCCGGGUUGCGGAGAAGGCACUGAAUAUUCCCCGGCUGCUUGAACCGGAAGAUGUUGAUGUCAACAAUCCAGAUGAAAAAUCAAUCAUGACAUACCUAGCUCAGUUUCUUCAGUACUUCAGUAUACCUGUGGCUGAAGAUGAAUUGCAGGAGAUGCUGUCCUUUAUGGAAAGAUUUAAUGAAGAGGAGAAGGCGUUCUGGCCUGUUCUGACAAGAAAAGUGACAGAGCUGAAUGAAGAUCACCUCAGGAUGAGAGAAGCGUGGGGCAGCCUCACCUCUCAGAUCAGUGAAUGGAAAACUAAGCUGGACCGCUUGUUGCCUCCCCCUCUGGAUGCCAUGGAAUCCUGGCUUCAAGAGAUGGAACACGAGCUGGCAGGGGAUCUACCAGAUUCACAAGAUCACAGCAAAGCAAUGGCUAUCUUGGAAGGGAAAAUGACAUCUGUCCAGUUCGGAGAGUCCUACCCAUCAGCUUUGUCCCAUGUUCUGGCUGCUCCAUCUCUUUCCAGGCUCAGCAACAUUCGGCUUGCAGAUUUCAAUGUCCUUGUGGAGUACUACCACCUGUUCUGCACGGCUGUUUUGGAGGAGCUGACAUCCAGGCUGAAUAUCUGGCAGAUCAAGCUUGGGACGAAGGAGGCUGUGAAAUCUCUACUGUCGGAUUGGCAUGAUUUUAUAGAAGAAAAAAGAUUUCUUAGUCAGCUAGAAACUGCAUUGAACAUAUGUGAAAAAAAGAAGAAUAAAAUUGUCAGCACUUCUGAUUUGGGAGUUAAUCCUGAGGAUGCAGACAAGCUGUUUAAGGUGGUAGAAUCUCAGGUUUCCAGGUGCAAAGAGUACAUUUACAAUGUGAAUGAAACCCUGCGGAAAAAUCUGUCAGCCUGGACCACAUACACCGAGAAGUAUGUCUUGUUAAAGGCAUGGCUGGAUGAGAUGCGAAAGGAACAUCCUAAAAAGCUCUCCACAGCUGCACUAGCAGCCUGGAACUCUCGGCACGGAUCUUUAAAUGAAGCGGGAAACUUUUUGAUUGAAUCCAGCACUGAGGAAGUUGGGGCCACCAUUUCUGGAGAACUGAAAAAGCUGAACAGAAAAUGGGCGAAGCUCAUAAAGAAGACACAGUUUGAGAUGAGGAUGCAUAGAAAGCAAGAGGAGGAAAUGAACGUGGCAACAGAGGACAACAGAGAUGUGGACUCUCCUACAAAAGCCAAACCGGCCACACUCGGUCAUCUGGUGAAUGUCCCAGAAGAGCCUCUUGAGACUCCAGUGACUUUCUCAGGCAAUCUUUGCAGCGAUUCGCUUACACCAGAGCAAGUCCUGUGGAAACCAGCAGUCAAACAAAACUUUGAAGAGGCUCACAAAAAGCUUGAAGCAUCUGUUUUAAGAGCUUUGCAACUCCUUGGCUCAGAGAACAACCCUGAGGGACCAAUUUCAAAAUAUGAGGAAGCUUUUAGCAUCUUAGAUACCAGCAUCCUCGGUGAGUUUUUGAAAGCAGCAGAACAAUUGAAAGAUAUUUCGUCGGCCCACGAAAAGGCAGCGGUGGAGGAAAAGAGCAGAGGUGUGCGUGACAGAUGGGAGGAGGUUCACCAAGAAAUCCUAUCCUGUAUUCAGUUGAAAAUGGAAGUCGAAAGAGGGAAAAUGAAUAAGAUUUUUUCAAAACUCAACAAGCAAAUAAAUAAAGAGAAGAAAUUGCUCAGUGCAGGGAAAACCAAGGGACUCAUUGAGGAACAUGAGGCUACUUUUUCUCACCAAGGCAGCCUGGGUGAGCUGAACACUUGCAUAAAAGCCAUUAAAACAAUGAGUGAGAAGAGUGAAAUAAAAAUACCCAUUGCCGAGUAUGAACAGAAGAAAGAAGAGCUGCAAAAACGGGCAACGGCUGUUUAUUACGCUCUGGCGGCUAAGACUAGUCACGGCCAUUCUCCUAAGACGGGAGGUUUGUUGCUUGCAUCCCCCAACGGAGAGAAGAUGUCUUCUUUGAAUCACCAUGAUGGCCUUUCUGCUGAAAAGGACUCUAGAGAGGUUUCUCAUGUACAUUUGGAACUAGAAAAGAAAUUUCAGAAUGGUGGGGAUCACUCAGAGAAGACUGGAAGAGACGAAGACUUGCCUUUAGAGAACUUAAAAAAGAGUUACAAUACAGCAAAACGUAACCUGAAGCUUCACUUAAGCAGCAUCAGAGAGAAGAGUACCUCUGCUUUAACUGGGGAUGUAAAAGAUGCUACCUGCCUUCAGAAUAAGCUACACGAAGAGAAGAGUAGCUCUGCUUUAACUGGGGAUGUAAAGGAUGCUACCUGCCUUCAGAAUAAGCUACAUGAGUUAGAGGCCUUGGAAAAUAAAGCUAGUUCUUCCUGGAAAAUGUUCGAGUUUGUGGCUUCCAUGCUAGAAGAACUUUCAGGUGAAACAGAAAUGUCUUCUAAACAAUCUCGGGAAGAACUUCUUGGGGAAUGGAAAGAGCUCCAGUUUGCCUUAAACAAAAGGAUGGAAUCUCUAAAAGCUGCCUUGGCCCUUGUUUUGCCGAUAGAAAAUGAAUGGGCCUUAUUGUGCGGCUCUGAUGAACAGCUCUGUAAAAAAGAGAUACCGCGAUGUGUGCUGAGUAAUUCUAAUCUUCCGCACAAGAAAGUGAAGAAAAUGCGGGUAUCCAUAAGCAAUUGUAUUGAGCAAUGCAGCCAGCAAAGCCAAAACGUCCCGGCAGGAUGGAAGGUUGGCGCAGUGGACUGGCAGGCAGCCGCUGCAAUACUCGGUGCAUACAAAGUGCGAUUGGAAGAACUGGGUCAUAAAAUGCAGGCCAUCGAAACCAUCCUGCAAGAUCUUGAAAUUUUUCUGGCUUUCCUGAGGCAUGCCAAAGUGUCUGCGGAGGUCCCGGCCCCUCUGAGUCAAGCUCCACCGAGGAAGGAAGGUAUCGUCCUGCAGGAGGUUUUGCAGAUGCAAAAAGAGGCUAGAUCACUGGAUGAGAGGCUGAAACGAGUCCAUAUCUUCUUGGAAGACGGAGAAUCUGGGAGGAAGAAGUGCUGCGAAGAACUGGUUGAGGGCCUGGUGGUGGUGGUCAGCUCUGCAGAGAAUCAGGAGGUCAACCGGAAGCAAGAGACACAGGAGGAAUUUGGCUCAAAGAAUAGCGAGCUCUAUAAAAGUAUUCAAGAUAUACAUGAUAAAAUUGGUAAAAUCGGUUUGAGAGAUCCAACAAUUCCUGCGGUUCAGCAAAGGCUGAAGUCACUGAGUGAACUGAGACAGAAGCUGGAUCGCCAUGCUGUAGAUAUGAGAUGCUUGAAUGAAAUGGUCACAAAGGAUCAGCGAGAAGAACUCAAGCAGCAGUUAAGAUUGACAGAACGCUUAUGGAAGGAGACCAAGCUCUCCGUCGCUGAAAUGCUGGAACACUGUUCUCGCGUAAUGGAGCUCCUGAAGCAAUAUCACAGCUGUAAAAAUUGCCUGGCAAGUAUUAUUCUGAAGCAGGAACACACCCUGUCCCAGCAAGUCUCUUACAUGGGGAAAGAAAACCUGCAAAGGAUAAUCAACAAGGUUAAUAUGGUGAGAGAAGAAUUUAACAGCCAUUCUGAAGAUGUCGACAAAAUAAACCAGAUCUGUAAAAACCUUCAGUCCCAGCUGAAUAAAAUGAAGAGCUUUGAGGAGCCGCCUUUUGAGAACGAAGCUAACGCUAUUGUGGACAGAUGGCUAGAUAUCAAUGAGCGGACUGAAACCUAUUGCGAUAAUUUGGAAAGAGCUCUGGCUUUAUGGGAUAGCCUGCUUAAUUUGUCCAGUUCUGUGGAUGAAUGGUCCAGCACGCAGCUGAAGAACUUAGAAGAAGGCCCUGUGACAGAGGAAGAAUUGGUGGAGUUAGAGGCUGGGCUACGGUUCCAAGAAAAGAAACUAGAGGAAUUUGAUACAAAGGUAGAUGAAAUACAAAAUCUCCUGAAUGGCAGUGAGCCCCCACUUGAAUUACAGGUCAUCAAAUCUUCUCUUUCGAACAAAAUGGAACUAAUAAGAAAGUACUUACCAAGCAAGUUGAUCCCUGCUGAACUCAAUGGCAAUACAGCCGAGCUAAAAGGAGACCUUGACCUGGCUAAGACUCAGAUUGGAAUGACAGAAUCGCUUCUGAAAGCUUUGUCUCCCUCUGAUACCUUGGAAAUCUUUACGAAAUUGGAGGAGCUACAUCAGAAGAUUCUACAACAGAAACACCAGGUGGAGUCCCUCCAAAAAGGCACAGGUUAUUUGAACCCUGAAGUGAUUGAACUAAAAGAGCAGCUUAGGAGUGUCACUGGCUUGUUUAAUUCAAAGAAACAAAUCUUCCAGGACCACUUCACGACUCUCUUGAACUACCAGUGUAAGGAUUUUGAUGACUGGUUCAGCAGUGCUCAGCUAUCUCUGGAGGAAUGUUUUGAGCCGUCAGAAACAAAAGAGAUGCUUGAAGACAAGGUCCAACGGCUGAGGAGCUUCUUAACCUUUGAAGGUAAAGACCAUGAUAUCCAUGAGGUGAAAGCUCUCCUCAGCCAGGUGAAGGGCUACUUGCCCAAAGUGACGGGCAACCGGCUGAGCAGCUGGGUGAAGGAACAUGAAGCUGAACUACAGCGGUUGACCUCCGCAUGUCAGGCACGAGAAAAGGAGAUGUGUGGGUGUUUGGAGAAAUUUGUGAGGCUUGAGGACGACUUGGGGAGCCUGCAGGAAUGGCUGAGUUUACACGAAUUGCAAGAGAGUCCGUCCGAGAAACCGGAACAUCUUUAUCAGCUUCUGCUGAAGCAGAGAGAGUCCUUUGAUUCUUUUGCUUGGCUGACCAAUUCUUUGAGGAGCUCUGGAUUUACCAGCGAUGAAGUGGUCCUUGAAUCUGAUGAGCUUAUUAGCAGGUAUAGGAUGCUGGUGAGCCGCACGCGGAAAAGCCUCGGAGCGUCUCAGGCACUUCUUGCGGAAGAGAAGAAUUUAAAAGACUACGUACAGAGCAUGUUAAGCUGGGUGCACAGUCUGAAGGCGUCAGUCCUAGAGCUGAGUUCUGAAGAAUCCAAGAUGCCACUGGAAGAACGUUUGUGCCAACUGAAGGAAAUUGUGUUGUUGAAGAAUGAGGGCGAUGUCAAGCUGCAAAACAUCGCGGCUCUUGGGGAACACUUGAGAAGCGCCCGCGGGGGUAAAAGCCUUGCAAUCCAGCAGCUGGUUGCUGAUGUCCGAGAUCUAUGGGAAAGCACCGUCCAUCUGGCCGCCGACAAUCUUAAGCAUCAAGAACAUCUCCAACUUCGGAAACAAGAAGCUGGGCAAAGAGGAGGCGAUGCAAGAUCAGAGUUAUGUGAAUCAGAGAUGCAGAAGCAGGAACUAAGUCUCGAUUCCCAUUCUGACUCUCAGAAGACACAAAGCCAGUUAACAGAUUCCGCAGCACUUCUGCAAGAAGCAGCCGACUUAAGGAUUCUCCUAAAACAGCUAGGCAGACUUCACAGGUCCCUAAGCCUUUCGUCUGAUGACGAUUCUUCCACUGGAGAAUCUUUGGGAGCCUUACGUCACUUCCACGAAAGGCUCAUUAGCCGUUUACAGAAUACUGCAAAGCUUUUUGACGGACACGCAGAGGAACACCAGUGCUGUAGAGAGCUAACACUGCACUUGAGAGCUACUCUAGAGGAGCUGUGGCAUUCUGAAGAUGCAGAACCAAAAGAGGUACAACGAGAUACACUUUGCCAAACUGAAAACACACUGCAGAGAAUUAUAGCUGUAGUAGAUCAUGUCAGACAGAAGAUUUCUCCCCUGGGGCAGAUAUGUUUUGUGGAAGAGGCGAAUGCACCACCGACUAAACACAAGAAGCGCCUUAAAACAGGACAUGGGCCUUUGGAACUGGAGGCUGGGAACGCUAAGAGUCAUGUACUCGACCAAAAUCACAGAUGUUCUAGUGACAGGCAGACAAAGGAGCAGGCGGAUGAAAAGAUGACUACAGAUACAUUGUUCAGUUCUGGCAUUCCCUUUGGUGAAGAAAAGACAACUGUGAUGGAAGUGGGCGAAGGAUGCGAGAAGGGUGGAUCAAAGGUUAAGAAUUUGAGUCCUGCUCAUCCUACUUCCAUUUACCAGGGCCUGAAAGGCAGUUUGAUGGAAGCCCACAAUUUGCCCGUCUCGGAAAGCCAGAACAGAGAGCAGCUGCAGAAUUCACGAGGUGUGCCGGCGGAUGAUAAUCAUCUCGACGAGCUUCGGCAGCAACAGCUCAGCUAUCAAAUGAAAUUGCCGGUGAUGGACGGCCAGUUGGAAAUGCCUUUAACCACUUUGCCAUUAAUGAAUGGGAAAAUAAUGGGGGCUGACCUUGCUCCCACCUCCAUUACACCUCCCUCACCAGAAAAUGUGGGCUUGGACCUGGAGGUUGUUUACCAAAGCAGUCCUCUUCAGCCUGGAGACCAAGCAGUUACAGAGUAUGCAGAGAUGGAACAGAAGAUCAAUGAGAUGAAAACCUGGACGAAGGAGUUAGAUAUUGUGUUGGUGAAUGAUCAGCUGAAAGAGAUAGAGAAAUUGUGUGCUCAACUGGAAAUACAAAAAGCCAAAGCUGUGUCCCUGUGGCAAGAACAAUCUCCAGAGGCUGCCGAAAGAACUAAAUUGAGCCCCUCGGAGCCACACUAUUUGGCUUGGACUAACUGGGACCGAUUGCUUCAAGAUUUAACGUCAGUUAAACAAGCCAAGCAGGAUCAGUUGCAUUUAGUUAAUAAUUACCAAGAUUCCCUCACAGCGGUCCAGGCUUCCAUGAAACGCUUGUCAGCAGAAAAAGAAAGAAUAAGAACAAGGGGACCCGUGGAAGACAGCGUUCUUCUUGGGAAUAUUAAGAAGUGCUUGGCCUCUGUACAGCAGGACAGAGUCUUUUUAAACAAUCUGGAAAGAGAACAGGGAAAUCUGACUAGACACCUAACCAGGAUGGACAGGGAAUUGACACAAAGCCAAGUAGAUCAAGUUGAGCAAUGGUGGAAACAAAUGGAGGAGUCACUCCAGAGGAUGCAGCUCCGAGUUACAGCAGAAGCCGAGGAAUUUAAACUUUUCAUGGAUAAAGCACAGAGCCUCCAAAGUUUGUUGCAACAGCAGCGCCGUUUGCGAACAGGACUGGAGAACCCCAGCGGAGAAGAUCAUGUGCCCCCAGCUCUGAUGGCCACAGAGCUACAGACUCUUAAACAUGGUGUUUCUCUGUUCCAAAGAGGCGCUGAGAUGCGGAUGAAAAGGAUUUGGGGCGACUCAGAAAAAAAAGCUUUGGAAACCGCAAUUAAUGAUUUGCAGAACCAGGUUGAGGAUUUGGAGCAGCUGACCCCUAAGGAAGAUGUCCAGAAAAGUGGGGACCAUCCCCAGGUGUCUGAAAUUACUAAGAAGAUAAAAGAAGCCAUUUUGUGGGUCAAAGUUUCGAUGCUCGAUCUGGAUGAGAAGGCAGCCCUUUUUCCAGAGGAGCUAAUGCUGCAAAUUAAAAGCUAUCAGGCGUUGAUCAGUGUUGCUAAGGAUAAAGAGCCAGUCUUUAAAGGGCUGGUUCAUGAUGUCCAGUGUCUUGCAUCUCAGUUGCUGCCCAAUGAAGCUACAGCCAUCAACCUCCUUGCACAGGAGUUGCAAACUAGCUACCAACACCUGGUUAGGAAAUUAAUUCAGAAGAUGCAGCACCUAGAACUGCAGCUUGAGAAGAGGCGCAAGCUUUUUGCGGACAUGGAGAAGAUGGAAAAACAGCUCCGGAAAAUGGAGAGCUUGUCCAGCCUAGAGGCCGGUGAGGCCAUCCCAGAGUCUGAACUCAGCCAUUGGCAGACCAUUCUAGAAAAGAUUCCUGAGGAGAUUCAGGAACUGGAAGGCCUUUUAGAGGGAACUGGAAAGGAUGCACUUGAGGGACUAAAUGUAUUUGAGCAGAUGUUUCUAAAUGACUGUUUGAGAAGCCUCAGGAAACAAGCAAAGAGGGUCCAGAGGCUAAUCCAGAUGAAGGGGCGUGCCAUACAAAACAAGAUAGAAAUCUGUGGAAAAUUCACAGAAAAAACAACAUCAUUGCAGCAGGAUCUCAGUAGCCUUCAGUGUGGUGGGCUGGACAUUGAUCUGAAGCAACGAUUGCCCACCGAUGAAGAGGUUAAGGAUAAAGUGAGUGCGCUGAGAGAGAAAGUGGGAGCCGCCCAUUCAGGUGUAUCACACCUAGGCAAAUACAAGGAGAUUUGGGAAUGGCUGGAUCUGAAAUGGGAUGCAUCACAGCUCGAUGAACUUCAAAGCCAGUUUUGCAAAAUAAAGGAUCAACUUGAGCAGAAGGUUAAAUGCAUUGGUAGGCUUUCCACAGAAAUUACCAGGCACCAGGCUGCUCUCAGUGCAGCUGAGGCUAUUGUAUCUGAUCUACAGAGAGAAUGUAAAGCUCUGCAAGAGUGUUCAGAAUCUACCUCUGAAACUAAUCUGGUGUUGGAAAAGAAGUUGCGCAGGAGAGCCCAACAUGCCCAGCACUUAACUCAGGAGGCGCUUCGACUGUUGGAUAAAAGCGACACCCUUGAUGCCUCUCUCAAAGAGGCCAAGAUUCAGGAAAUAAAGAGCUUAGAGGCAAAAAUAGAUGGAUUGACCCAAAUGAUCCAGUCUGAAAUAUUGGCUGUCCCAGAAAAACCAAGUCUUCAAAGCAAGCUGGAUCAUAGUUUAAGAACCUUAAAGCAAAUUCAGUCUGAGCUCCAACAGCCUCUUCUGCUUGACUUAGAAAUUCAGACGAUUCCCUGUGAGAAGAUGUAUUGUCAAGUGCUUGAAGAUGCUGUGGAAGCAGAAUGUUGUGCAGCUGAAGAUUCGAUAAAUAAAAAGAGAGGAGCUCGGAUGGUAAAACCCUCCUUCCCUGACAUCUUGGGGACAAAAUUAGGGGAGCUGCAAAACCUGAAGAAGCAGCUGAAAGUUAACAUCUCUACACGUGUGCAUGCCAUAGAUGAAGCCUCUGAGAUUGUGCAACGUUACAACGAAGCUGUGCAGAAGGCUGUUGAUCUCCUCCAUCAACGGGAAGCCUCUCUCUCCAGUUCUCUCCUCAGCUUGGAAGAGCUAGAGAAUGGAGGUAGCCUCCUCUCUCAACAGAAAGAAUUAAAGGUUGCAAAAGGUGAAGUGGAAGUGUUGACCUCCACCUUGGAAAAUAAAAUGAAGCCAAGAGCCAAACUACAAAUGGAAAAAACACUGGAUAAUCUUGUUGCUCGGAGUCUGAUUUUGAAAAAGAAGGAGCAAAAGAGAAGAUCUGAUGUCAAGAGAUGCCUGGAAAAAUACCACAGUUUCAAAAACUCCAAAGAGGUCAUAUGUGCUAAUCUUAACGAUGUGGAAAAGGUCCUUUGGAAAUCCUUGCACCAUAUUCCAGUGUCUUACAAACAAGCUUUAGAGCAAUCAGAACAAAGCAAGAUGCUGGUCUCCCAGUUGGUUUCAACGGAAGAGAUUCUAAUGAAGGUGAGACAAGACUCUGGCUACCUGAGCUUGAGGUGCGAAGAAAAGGAUCGAGAGCUGAUGGCCGUCUUGGUGUCCACACUGUGGUUAAAAUGGCUUUGCUUACUCAAUGUAGCAAAAGAAUGGGAUGGCAAAUGUGAAGAGCAGAACCGAGGAUGGAAAUCCAUCAGUGAAGAAAUGGAACGAGAAACCAUCAUUCUGGACAACCUCCAGGAAGAACUUCCUGAAGGCCCCAAAGAAAUGGAAAGAGCCACCGAGGACGAACUGCAAGAAUUUCUGGAUUGCACCAGCCACUACGUGGAAAGUGUAGAAGCUGAGAAAUUGUUGUUACGCUUAAUCCUUCAUCGCUUAAGGACCAUCCUGAUGGUUCCUGAAUCUCUUCCUGAGAAGAGAGAAAGCUUUCCUGUUGUACGUGAAAUUAAGGCCAUGCAAGAGCGAAUGAAUGAGCUCUGUGAAAAAGCACAAAAGCAAAAGGACGCCAUAGAAUGUGAGAAGGAAAGCCGAGACAAGAUUAAUGAGGAAAUAAAUGCCGUAAAGAACUCCUUACAGGAUAACCUGUCUUUGCUGCACAACAUGGACUUAGGAGGACUUGAAGAAAGGGCAGCUAAACUUGAGGAGAUUGAGAAAGCCAUUGAUACUCAGAGGCAAACUCUGGAGGAGAUCAUGGAGAAACUGCGUAUCAAGUAUGCUGACAUGUAUGCAUUAGUGCCGGUUGAGGUUGAAAUGCAUUUGGAAGAUUGCAAGGAAACAUUGCAAGACCUGGAAGAAAAGGUCAGCAGUGAACUCCUAAAAAAUUCCCCACACUAUAUCACAAAUAAAAAAAUAGAAGAGAUCAACAAAGGCCUCCAGGCGAUUGAAAACAUGUUGCGGCAGAAGAGCAAGGACGUUGAGAAAGCGAAGGAAGUUCAGAAGAGAAUCUGGGAUUUGCUCGAUCUCUGGCAUUAUAAAAUGAAUGAACUGGAUUCCGACGUUCAAGACAAAGCAGAGCAGGAUCCUGACCAGGCUCAAGAACUGUUGGAUCACUUGAUGAUCCCACUGCAGCAAUAUCAGCAUGUCUCACAGCUUGCUGAACGCAGAACUACAAGUUUAAACAUGGCGGCUGGCAAGAUGGAAGAAUGCGCUGAACUCUUGAAGAGCACUCGAGUGUGGCUUGAAAACACCAACCGUCUGCUCGCUGAAGAGUGUAAGAGUGACUCUGCAAAAUGUUUGAAUAAACAUGCCAGUGCACUUCAAAUGGCAUUUGAAGAUUCAGAACAAAAACAAAGCAUUCUCAGUGCCUUGUACUCAGAUUUGGAGGAGUUCUCCUCUUUAAUCGAAACGGAGGAUAUGGUGCAGGAGCUGAAUAAAGUGAGCGGGGAAGUCAGAGCUUUACAACAGAAGAUAAUAGAUAUACUUCCGCACAUACAGCACUUGGCAGAUGAAGCAGAAGCUAUUGAAUCUGAAGUGAAAACAAUGGAGAAGGACAUAGAUAAAAUCAAGACUAUCUUGUCCCCUUCAGAAGAGACACUUGAUCUUUUUCCUAAGGAGCAUCUUAAACAUUGCCAGGUUAUACUGGCCCACAUCAGCCCUAUGCAGAAGACACUUGCUGAGAUAAAUUCCUAUAAAGAAAGUCUGAGGCUACCAGGCAUGAGAACGAAGCCACUCUCUGUGUUCAGAAGGACAGAACAACUUUUGAAAGAGUUGAAACGAUUAGAAAAAAUUACCAAGGAACAAAAUGCACUUCUUGAGCCAUUUGUAAAAGAAGUGGAGAAAAAUGAAGAAGAAAUAGACUUGUUGAAGCAGCUGCAGAUCCCAAAGAGUGAUUUGGAUGAAUGGCAUCUAGAAACCCCGUGGCCUGUUCAGGAUGCCUCUCACACAGAGGGGGAAGAGAUGGAUGAGAUAAAACGACAAAUAGCCCUGCUGUGCCAGAAGAAAGAAGACAUCCUAACGACCAUGAAGAAUUCAUUGAUGGAGCUUCAUCAGCGGGAAGAACAGCCUGAGCUGGAGGAUGAAAUUUUGGAAUCAGAGGAAUCUGAAGACAGUGGAGGGGAUUUCGAGUGGCAGGUGAGAAGGCAAGGGUCAAUGUCUCUUCUGCCUUCCUUGGUUGAAGAAGCUGAAGACAGUUUGUUCCAAAAUCAAGAGAUGGGUGGUGGUGAACCAGAGGCUGUGCAGGAUACAACUGACUCUCACAGCCCUUGCUUGUUAAUCCAGAAUGCAGAAAGUGAUGAGGUACUAUCUCUCAGCAGGAAGAGUGGGGGCAAACCGUCCACUGGAGGCACAAACACUGCAGACUAUUUAGGGAGUAUACCAGGAGAAUCCAAAGAAGCGGCAGACGUUGGCAGGCCUGACUCUGAGCCUGCUCAGGUCCUGCAUGUGUGCCAGGCACAAAUUGCUGAGCUGGAGCAGUGGCUAGAUCGGGCCAAGGAGUCCCUGGGGUCAGAAGCCCAGACUCGCCAAAUGCAACAGACAGUGGAACAGCACCUCGUGGCCUGCCAGGUAAUGCUGUCAGAGAUUGAACAGAAAGUGGCCCGUCUAUUGGAGGAUUGCAAAGGCAGGCCUGCCAGCAACCGCCCAGGCUUCCAGCAAGAAGCCGAGAACCUUUCCCAGAAACUUAAAGAUGUGAAGGGCAACCUGGAAAGGGUCCAGGCCAUGCUCCAGGACAAGCAUGUGGAGGAACAGCUGAUCCCUGAGGAGAAGAUAUUUGAGAAACUCCCACAACCUCUUUAUUUUGACCUCUCAGGCAUACUUCCACGUCUAACCUCCGGCAGGCCUCUGCUCAACAGGCCCAACAGUUCGCAGCAUCAGCAGGAGCUGCUGUUCAAGCUCUCUGAACAGAGCAAUUUCAUUGAUUUCAUUGAAAUGUACAUGGAGGAGAUGGAGCCACAGGACGGGGACAGUGCAGUUUCAGAAUUACAAGCAAGUAGUGAGACGCCAGUCCCAGGAAAAGAGCCCGUUGGUCUAACUCUGAAGGAUCAGACAGGGGACAAGUGGCAAUAUUUGCAAGAAGAGCUGAUGAUCAAGAAGAAUCCACCUCACUUUCAGUUGGCUAAACCCCAGAUCGCUACCAAAAUAAAUAUUCUGCCCAAAGGCGGUGCAUUAAGUGUGAGCACUCCAGCUGUUGAAGAGCUGAAAACGUACACUGCACAGCUUGAGAAUCUAAGCCAAGAAGCCUCUGCUCAGAUACAGGAAAAUGUAACAGGGGAUGUUUCAUUGAAUUUGGAUCAGAAACUCUUUGAGCUCUUUCUGGCCAUCAGCCGCUGUCUAAACAACAUGGAACAGAUGUUAAGUACCUGUGUGCUCACUAACGAAGAAGCUCGCACACAACAGCUGCUUUUUGAGACUCUCUCUGCAGAACUUCAGAAGCUUCAUGCAGAUAUUGGAGACAAAAAGGAUGCUCUUUUGAAGUCCAUCACCUCUGUUGGUGGUGACCCUGAAAGAUUCUCUCAGUGCUUUAGAAAUCUGCAGGCAUGGCUUCAAGUGACAGAAGCAGCUGCUACUUCCAGGAACAACUCUAUGAAAGCUGAGUUGGAUGGUUACAGUAAUUAUCAGAAUGAAAUCAGGCAAUUGUAUGAUGAGUUGAUUGAGAAAAAAAUCUCCCUGCAACAGUCUUUCAGUGCAACAAGCACCCACGGCAUUUCCCAGGCAAUCCAGCAAGUGGAUGCUUAUGAGUUUGAUCUACAGAACUUUGAGACUCGGACAGCUAAAUUGAGAGAUCGUGGAGAAAGACUACAUUUACCUACUGCCCUAAUCCACGAAGUGGAUAAACUAGAGGAUGUUCUGGAUGACCUUUGGGAGAUCCUCAGAAUGAAGCAGAGGCCGCUAACUUCUCCGUUUAUUGAAGAACAACAGUAUGAAGCUCUGCUGAAGGGACUUUCUGAGCUCGUAGAGCUUGGACGAGAGAAAAUUGAUCAAGUGUCAGAACUGAAAACUACUAGCCGACCUAAUUUGCAGGUUCUUCUACAAAAUCAUAAGAACUUCUUCCGUAACCUCGGCACUCACGCACGGCUUGUGCAAAUGUGUUCCCAAAAAGUGUCUCCUUCAGUCUUAGAAAAGAGAAAGGAAUCCUACCAAGGCAUAGCCGAGGAUAUCAGCUCCCUGGAGCAACAGGCUGUCCAACAGGGAGCCCGUUUGGAAAGUCUCUUACAGGACUGGAUAGAAUUUGAUGACAGCUACAUGUCGUUCUGCCAGAAACUAGAAGCCCUCUCUUCUACAGUGCCUUCUGUGAGUUUAGUGACGGAGACAGAAGAAAAGUUAAUGGAAAGGACUCAACUCUUCCAGCAAAUCAGAAGAAACAUCGAGGAUGAGCAGGCCAGGUAUCACCAAGUACUGAAAGAAGGGAAGAGUUUGAUGGAGCUUGUGAAUUGUUCCGAAUUGCAAAGCCAGGUAGGAAAGCUGGAAGAGCAGUGGACGUCUCUUUCCAAAAAAGUUGACCAGGAGCUGCAAAGACUUGAGACCUUCCUCAAACUCUUGUCCAGCUACAACAAAGAGUCAAAGGAGCUGGACAGCUGGUUGACCUCUGCUCAGCAGCGUGUGAAUGACUGGAAGGUGCAGUCACUCGGUGACUUUCAGGACCUGAACGCAGUCACAGAUCAUAUACGGAGCUUACUGGCGUUCUCUAAAGAAGUUGACAGCAAAUCGUCCUUGAAGUCCUCGGUCAUCAGCACUGGCCAUCAGCUCUUGCUCGUUAAGGAAUCAGAAGCCGCGGCGUUGCGCUCGUUUCUGGCAGACUACGAACAGAAGUGGGCCGACCUGAUCGCUCAGUUGCCAAGCAUCCAAGAGAAAUUUCACAAGGUUAAGAGAUUAUUUGAUGAGAAUGCUGCUGUAAGGCAAAUUGAAAGUGAAACUGAAGCUGCUGUUAGUUUCCAGACUCCCACAUGCCAAGUGAAAAGACUUCUUAUGAAGUACAAGGAAUACUUGAUGGAAAUGAACUUCAAACAAUGGACAGUUGAUUUCGUCAACCAAUCCCUGCUACAGGUGACGACGUCCAAUGUAGAAAGCAAGCGUUACGAGAGGACAGCGUUCGCAGAGCGUCUUGGGGAAAUGAAUUUGAAGUGGCACAAGUUGCAGGCGUUUCUCAACGGAAAGAUCAAGGAGUUGGAGAACAUUUUGGAGUCUGUGGCCGAGAAGGAAAGCAAAGCUCAGGCCUUGGGCUGGUGGCUAGAAGCAGAAAGUGAGAGGCUAGCGCAAAGAGCCAGGAACCCCACGAGUUCCGUCCCAACACAGGACGCAGCAGGAGACUGCAAGGUACUAGAAAAUCAGCUCGCUGUCAAAUCAAAGGAGAUGGAUCAGCUGAAAGAGAAUUGCACUGCUUCUGACGGCCACUCAGAGACUUCUGAGGAAAUCGUAUUGAAAAUCAGUGAUUUGUAUGAAAUGAGGACCAAACUAAUUAACCAGGCUGCAGAAUUGAAGACUUCAAUACAGGCUGCUUUAGGGCUGUGGAAGAUUUAUGAUGAAGCCUGGGGUGAAGUCAGGCUGAUGCUUGCAAGCACUUCGUACUCCAUGGAUCUGUGCAAGCCUGCUGUGUUUACACCUGAAACAUUGAAGAAACAGGUGGAAAAUCUCCAGUCUCUUCAAGAUAAAGCAGAGAAUAAUGAAGAAAUCUGGGCUAGGCUCCAAACUGCAGGUGAUAACCUGAAGAAGCUGUGUGAUCCCUUGUUUGCCGAGCUUAUUGAACAGAAACACAAAGAGGCACACACAAGGUGGAUGUUGCUAAACACAGAAAUGAAAGAUCAGCUACAGAAAGCACAAAAUCAUUUAGGUCUUUGGGAAUCUUACGUUGAUUUAUGUACUGAAGUAACAGCGAAACUAGAUAAACAUGAAGAGGAAUGCAAUUCCCUUUUGAUGGCUAAUAGACCUACAGGCUGUACCACCGACCUCCUUAAGCAGAAGAUACAGGAUGUGAAAAAAUUGCAGGUUGACCUUCAGAACAUCCAAACAAGUUUCUCCCAGGUUUCUGAGCUGGCAGACAAAAUCACUCAGCUGACUGAGCCCACAGCACUGCCCCUUGUGCGGGAGAAACUACAGCCACUCCAAAGGGUCUCCCGGUUGGGCAAGAUGCUGCAGCUGAAGGAGAAGGAACUCCAGCUUGGUGUUUUGCAACUAGAAGGUUUUGAAAAUUGUUUGGAAAAAUUGGAAAACCACAUUAAAACAUCUGAAGAAACACAGGGCAAUUUCAGUCAAGAAGAAAAAGACUCAGAUUUGCUCAUGAGCCAGUUCCUGGGUCUCGUAGCUUUGUCACCCGAGAUGGAAAGUGUGAAUGAAGUCAGCCUCAGGUUGCCUCUCAGCGACUUCACUGCCAAGAGGUUGCAGAGCCUGAACUGGCAGUGGUCCCAGAAGACAGCCAUGCUUCUUGAGCAGUGCAGUGAACUGCAGGACAUUAAGUCAGAUGACAGGACAUUCUGCCAGCGAUGCCAAACCUGGGUACAGUUCCUAGAAAGGACAAAAGAAGCUUUAAAGGAGAAUGUGGCGGGUACACUAGAAGAGCUACAGGAACAGCAGAGAGAAUAUGAGAUAUUGCAAGCAGAGAUUUCUGUCAAUCAGCAGGUUUUUAAUGCCAUUGUGUCUAAAGCCUUGCACAUGGCGGAAGAAGGGGAGGCAGGAAACAGGGCUGAGUUUAUCUCCAAACUCACCAGGCUGAAAGAGCAGUGGCAAAGCAUCAUCCGCAGGGCUCAGAAGAGAAAGAGCGAGAUCGAUGGCCUCGUAAAGCUGUGGGAGAAAUUCACAGCCUCCUUGCAGGACCUCACAAAAUUCCUCACAGAUACAAAUAUCUUCAUCGUUGUCAUGAAGAACCAGGAUAAGAAUAGCUUGCACCAAGUCAGAAAUCUGAGUCAUGAUUUCAAGACUUGGGAAUCCUGUAAAAAGUGUGUGGAAGAGCUGAGCGGUGCACUGCAAGAGCUCAAGGCAAAAAUAAAGGAUCCUCUUCCAAUAAUGCAUGACAUGCUGCAAGCAUCCAAAGAAGAUGUCGAGGAGCUGGAGAAGACGCUUGCCAGCUGGAACCAAACGGCCAAAGAGCUUGGCACCCGGAAAGCCGAUCUCGCCCGCUACCUCCUCGCAGAAGAUGUGAUGGUGUUGAAAGAACAAGUCCAGCACUUACACACACAGUGGGAAGAACUCUGCCUCCGAGUUUCUCUGCGCAAACAGGAAAUAGAGGAUCGACUCAAUGCCUGGAUUGUGUUCAAUGAGAAAAAUAAGGAGCUGUGCACUUGGUUGGUGCAGAUGGAGAGCAAAGUACUUCAGUCAGCAGACAUCAGCAUUGAAGACAUGAUAGACAAGUUGCAGAAGGAUUGUAUGGAGGAAAUCAACCUAUUCAGUGAGAACAAACUAGUUCAUUUCAAGCAAAUGGGUGACCAGCUAAUGAAAGCAAGCAACAAGAAAAGAGUGGCUGAAAUUGAUGAGAAACUCAACAAAAUUAACGACCGCUGGCAGCACCUCUUUGAUGUCAUUGGUGGACGUCUCAAAAAAAAUAAGGAGACCUUUGCUUUCAUUCAACAGCUUGACAAAAACAUGAGUAAUCUUCGCACCUGGCUGGCGCGCAUUGAGUCUGAGCUCUCCAAGCCUGUUGUUUACGACAUCUGCGACAACCAAGAGAUCCAGAAGAGACUUGCAGAGCAGCAGGACCUGCAACGAGACAUCGAACAGCACAGUGCGGGUGUGGAAUCGGUGUUCAACAUUUGCGAGGUCUUACUGCAUGACUCCGAUGCUUGUGCCAAUGAGACUGAAUGUGACUCCAUCCAGCAGACCACAAGGAGCUUGGACCGGCGGUGGAGAAACAUCUGUGCCAUGUCUGUGGAGAGGCGAAUGAAAAUUGAGGAGACCUGGCGACUGUGGCAGCGGUUUUUGGAUGACUACUCUCGCUUCGAAGACUGGCUGAAGACAGCAGAAAGGACAGCUGCUUCCCCAAACUCUUCUGAGGUUUCGUACGUAAAUGCCAAGGAAGAGCUGAAGAAGUUUGAUGCUUUUCAGCGGCAGAUCCAUGAACGCCUGACCCAGCUGGAACUGAUCAAUAAGCAGUACCGAAGGUUGGCUCGCGAGAAUCGCACUGAUUCAGCCAGCAAGCUCAAGCAGAUGGUACAUGAGGGUAACCAGCGAUGGGACAACCUCCAGAGGCGUGUCACAGCCAUUCUCCGGAGACUCAAGCACUUCGCCAGUCAGUGGGAAGAAUUUAUGACCACCAAGGACUGCAUCCUGGUAUGGCUGACCGAAAUGGAUCUGCAGCUCACAAACGUGGAACAUUUCUCAGAAAGCAACUUUGAGGACAAACUGCGGCAGCUAAAUGGUUUCCAGCAGGAAAUAAUGCUGAACACCAACAAGAUCGAUCAUCUCAUUCUGUUCGGGGAGCAUCUGAUCCAGAAAAGUGAGCCGUCAGACGCCGUCAUAAUUGAAGAGGAGUUGGAAGAGCUGAACAGAUACUGCCAGGAAGUAUUUGGCCGGGUCUCUCGAUUCUACCAAAAGCUGGCAUCCUGGCACCCAGGACUAGAAGAUGAAAGAGAGACAUCUGAAAACGAGGCUGAGAUGGAAGAGGGGAGGACAAUGCCCUGGCACAAGAAAGCCAUGCACGAGAUGCCUCCCUCCCAGCAGUCUCUCUGCCACCUCAUGCCUCCAGCUGUGGGUCAAGAGAGGUCAGGCUGUGAGACACCUGUCAGCGUGGACUCCAUUCCUCUGGAGUGGGAUCACACUGGGGAUGUGGGGGGCUCCUCUUCUCCAGAGGAUGAGGAGGAAGAACCGUACUUCAGUGCUCUCUCAGAUCUUGAAAUCCCUGACCAUCCCGAGGCAUAUCUUAAAAUGACCACAAAAACUUUGAAAGCCGCUUCUGGAAAAUCUGUGUCUGAAACGCAUACAUGGCACUCUCCAGAGAGUUCCACUUGUCGGAAAUCUCCGUACAAGCAAGAGGAGAUGAUUCGAGAUGUCUUAUCUGGCAGCCUGGAAACCAGCACUCCUUACAAACCAGGCUACGCGAAACAGCUGAGUACGGACAGUAUAGACAGCGUGAAGGAGAUCUCUGCCGUCUCGCCUACAAAAGAAUCCCAAGACAGCCAGGAUUUUGUUGGCGUCGCAGCUAUGGAGAAACAACCAGGAGCCGUGGAGCGGUGGGAGCUCAUUCAAGCCCAAGACUUAAGCAACAAGCUGAGAAUGAAGCAGAAUUUGCAACAGUGGCAGCAGCUGAACUCCGUGGAGCGGUGGGAGCUCAUUCAAGCCCAAGACUUAAGCAACAAGCUGAGAAUGAAGCAGAAUUUGCAACAGUGGCAGCAGCUGAACUCUGACCUCGCCAACGUCAAUGCCUGGUUGGAUACCGUGGAAGAGGAGCUGGAAGAGUUGCAGGAGGAGGAACCGCCCACCAGCAUCCCGGCCAUUGAGCAAAGAGUCAAGAAACUGAAAGAUAUGCUUAAAGCUUUCGAUAACUACAAAGCCCUUGUACUUUCCAUUAACCUGACCAGCAAGGACUUCAAGCAAGCUGACAGCACUGGAUCCAAAGAACUUCAGAACAGACUCCGGCGAGUCAAUCUGCGCUGGGAGAAGGCGAACCUUUUAAUAGGAAACUGGAAAAAGAGUUUACAAGAAGCCCUGAUGGACUGCCAGGAUUUUCAUGAGCUGAACCAGAAACUGCUCUUGUGGCUGGCUUGCACAGAGACUCGGAGGCAUCAUGCCCAGGUGAAACGUCUGAACGCUGAUCCCCACACGAUACAAGAGAGUUGGAAAGAAUUGAUGCAACUAGAAAAAGAGCUCCUGGAACGCCAGCUUCAAGUAAACACUCUACAGGAAAUAUCCACUUACUUGCUUGCCAAGUCCGACGGAGGAGAAUAUGUUGAAGCCAAAGAGAAAGUUCACGUCAUCGGGAAGAAACUAAAGCAGCUUCUCGAAGGAGUUUCGCGUGAUUUAAAAGUCUCACAGAGAAGCCAGGAUAUAAGUGUGUUUCAGCCACAAGGGGAUGAAAGAGACUCUGGAAACUAUCACCAGCUGCCCGAGAAACCUUCCUUAUACAAACACAAGGUCGAUGGAAGGGAGGCCUUGGAGAGUGAGAACGGCAGCAGGAUUAGAGCGGAGAAGAGGGACGAAGUCCGUGCAGCCUCUCCCAGCGCCCCUUCCUUCUUCUACCGUGUCCUGCGAGUGGCGUUACCUCUCCAGCUGCUGUUUCUUCUCCUGCUGUUUUUGGCCUCCUUGGUCCCGUGUUCCGAGGACGACUACAGCUGUGCUCAAACCAACAACUUUGCCCGAUCUUUCUAUCCCAUGCUACGGUAUACCAAUGGACCUCCACCAACUUAAAACAAACGUUCCAUGUUUUGCCCUCGACUCAAACAAACUUCUUCCUGCGGGUUCUCUCACCGCUCUGCUAGCGCCGUUCUGGGGACUUCGCAGAGCUAAAGUUCCUCUCCAGUUUCAAGUGACGUCCAGUGGGCAUUAACCUGUCCCUCAUGAGUAAUACUAACCAUACAUCGAGGUCUCGCUCACAAUUGACAAUGGCUGAAGAAGUGACCUCCCGCUUAUCGACCUAUACGUUAUUGUCCAGGCUUGUGAUGGAGUCGAGACCCCCGAGGGCGUUGCUCUCAACUUCUCUGACAUACUCAAACUCCCUCACCAUAUUCAGGUGCCCAACUAGGAGGAGAGGUUUGGGUCUUUAGCCAUUUUAGGACUUUGGAUGGGAAAGUGUGUUCAUGACUUACCAUUUUGUACAGAAGACCCUCUUUCUAUAUAUUUUGGAGCUGCAAACAAGGUCUUUUAUAGUUUUGUACAACAUGCGAUGGAUCAAGCCGUGGUCUUUGAUAGUCCAAUGAACAUAGAAUGCAUAAGAAGA